AUGGCCGCGGCAGCCACUACCGUUCCCAGCGACCGGAAUCAGACCUGGGGCUCGCCCUGGCUGGACUUCAAUGCCUCCAGGUCCCCCCUCUCUCAGUCCUCGGAGACGGACCAACUCAUUUUUCUCUCCGAAAUCGGCGUCGAUAAUUUCAUCACCUUGGUCGCUUUCGGCCUCAUUUUCACCCUGGGUGUGAUGGGCAAUUCUCUGGUCAUCACGGUGCUGGCCAGAAGCAAGCCGGGCAAACCCCGCAGCACCACCAACAUUUUUGUGCUCAACUUGAGCAUCGCUGACUUGGCUUACUUACUCUUCUGCAUUCCUUUCCAGUCUACCGUGUACAUGUUGCCCAACUGGUCCCUGGGUACCUUCAUCUGCAAGUUCAUCCACUACUUCUUCACUGUCUCCAUGUUGGUCAGCAUAUUUACCCUCUCGGCUAUGUCUGUGGACCGCUAUGUGGCCAUUGUGCAUUCCCGGCGCUCCUCAUCCGUGCGGGUGUCCCGUAACGCACUGUUGGGGGUUGGGCUCAUCUGGCUUCUCUCUAUCGCCAUGGCUUCCCCUGUGGCUCACAACCAGCACAUUGUCCAUGAAAAAAUCCUCAAUCAGACCUUUUGUUGGGAAGUCUGGCCCAAUCUCCAGCACAAGAAAGUAUAUGUCUUGUGUACCUUCAUCUUUGGCUAUUUGCUACCGCUGUUGCUCAUCUCCUUUUGCUAUGCUAAGGUCCUCAAUCAUCUGCAUAAGAAGCUGAGGAACAUAUCAAAGAAGUCAGAAGCAUCCAAGAAGAAGACAGCUCAAACUGUCCUUGUGGUUGUAGUGGUUUUUGGGAUAUCCUGGCUGCCACAUCACGUGGUCCACCUCUGGGCUGAAUUUGGCGAUUUCCCCAUAACUCAAGCUUCAUUUUUCUUCAGAAUAACAGCACAUUGCCUGGCUUACAGUAAUUCUUCAGUGAAUCCUAUUAUAUAUGCAUUCCUUUCUGAGAAUUUUAGGAAGGCCUAUAAGCAAGUGUUUGAGUGUCAGAUUGGUCACAAUUCGCCUCUGAAUGAAGUGAAAGAUAAUAAGAGUAAUAUAGAGACGCCUCCAUUUACUAAUUCUACACAUGUUUGAAGAAUGAAUGUGGUUGGCUGUUCUACUGUAGUUUCAUAGGAAUGGACUUGCUCUAGCUGCUUUUACUUAAACAAAAAUGCACUUCCCAA